CCCCAUAUUGUAGACAGUACCGAGAAUCAUUGUAGCGGAGGCUUUAUAUGUCUAUGGCGCUCGUGAUGUUGAUUACAGCCUGAAGAGACCAACUUAGCACUCUUAGCAGUCCACGAUUAUAUAGUCAAAGGUUUAAUUUUGUACCUUCAGGCACCUUCAGGGCUUCAGAUACAAUCAGAUACAAUUUUCGUACGAGCAAUAAUGGAUCAAGUGUACAAGCUCUACGAUCGUCAGGCAUCGCCCAAAAUUAACAUAAAAGAUUACUUUCAACAGUACAGUGAAUUAAUCAAGUCGUCAAUGUAUCAUGAGGUCGAUAAGCAAGGCGACGAAAAAGUUUCUCAACUUAUGGGCGGCGAUCUCACACGGGGAAGAGUGAAUUUAAUAAAACAUUAUUGCAGCAUCGAUAAUUUAACAUUGCCAGCGGAGGCUGCCAAUGCAAAAGAACGGGAGGAACAAGAAUAUGUCAAUAUACCUGAUACAGUCUCGGAGAAUGUUCCGUUGGAAACAAUUAAAGUAUUAAAGACCUUGUCUAAGGAAACUGUACAAAAGUCAAGAUGGCUAACAAAUGGCAUUCCUGUAGAAUACGACUACUCAAGGCUGCACAAUUAUUCGCGCGAUGAUUCGGUACAGCCAAACGAGGAGUUUUUAGUUUAUGUCAGGAUAUACGAACCGUUUAAAAGCUACUCUCGUUACGUCAAGUAUAAAACAAGUCUUCCAGUUCUCAAGCUCAAAAGCAUCAUUUCGGUAUUGGGAUGCCAGACUCUUCACGAGUUACGUAAGAAGAUAAUGUGUCAGUCUGAUUGGUCAAUUACAAAGGACACCAGUGAAAAUCCACAUGAAAAACCUGGACCGAUGGCAAAAGAUCUAUACCCAUCGGGAUUCUUUUACAUCGAGGAUACAUUUUAUAACGAUACUAGCGCGCAAAGUAAUGUUGACUACAGUGAUGUAAUAUUACAAUGGGCAGCAGCUCGCGACAUAGGCCCAUUUAAAGUCUCCACCAUGGACGCGAAGAUAAAUUCUCUUUGUACAAGGUUUGGCUUUCCGUGGGUUUACCAGCAUCAAGGUUCCUGCGAACACUUGAUUAUACUGACUGAUGCCAGGUUGUUAACUGUAGAUGAUGUAUUGGUAUCGUCUGCUUAUCCAAGAAUAGAAAGACUAAGGACCGUUGUUGGAAAAAACUGCAUCUACUGUGGAAUAUUUAAUGUGCAUUGGAUUGUAACGGAGCACGAUAGAAUACCGCAUGACAUAAGUUAUUUCUGCAAUAAAUGUUUUAUAUCGUAUAAUUAUGUUGAUGGUAAAAAAGUCGGAAAUUUUAAAGCGUACAGUUAUCCUUGUAUACCGCAAUUGGUGUCGAUACGAAAGCCUAGAAAUCUUAAACAAGACACCUAAUUUUAAAGUAACAGUUUUAUAUAUGUAUACAGGGUCAAUCUUAUUUCCUGCCCCAGCCUCUUACUAUGAGAGAUGGAUUACCGACUGCAAUUGUAGCCAACUCUGGAAAAAUGGAAAAUCUCGUUAUAUAUUUUUUAAUAAUGUAAUAUCUAAUUAUAUCUCUCAGGAUACAAUUAGAUGUUAUAUGAUUGAGACGUAUAUUACGAGAUUUUCUUCCAUUUUUUCUCGGGUUGGCUACAGUUUCGGACGGUAAUCCAUCUUAUGGUAAAAGGCUGGAACAGGAAAUAAGAUUCAUCCUGUAUGUAUAUGCACAUGUACGUUUUAUAAAUAUAUUUAAUGUACAAGUA